AUGGACGGUGUACAAGUGGAUAUUACGGCGUUGAAGAAAGGUGAGGUCAGUCUUGGUACCUCUAUUAUGGCGGUUACAUUUAAGGAUGGUGUUAUAUUAGGUGCGGACUCCCGUACCACUACUGGUGCGUACAUUGCGAACCGUGUGACAGAUAAGCUUACGAGGGUACAUGACAACAUCUGGUGUUGUAGGUCAGGUUCAGCUGCAGACACACAGGCUGUUGCUGAUAUUGUGCAGUACUACUUGGACAUGUACGAGGGCCAGUUCGGUGAGCCAGACACAUACACAGCAGCCAAUAUGUUUAAGACACUCUGCUACCAAAAUAAGGACGCUCUAACAGCAGGUAUCAUUGUGGCUGGUUACGACGAGAAGAACAAAGGUGAAGUAUACAGUAUUCCUCUGGGAGGAUCAAUCCAUAAACAGCCAUAUGCUAUUGCUGGUUCAGGUUCUACAUUCAUAUACGGUUACUGUGAUAAGAACUUCCGUGAAAACAUGUCAAAGGACGAGACCAUCGAUUUCAUCAAACACUCCCUAUCACAGGCAAUUAAGUGGGAUGGUUCCUCAGGUGGUGUUAUCAGAAUGGUAGUAUUAACAAAGGAUGGUCCAGAGCGUCUGAUAUUUUACCCAGAAGAGUACGAGAAUUUGUAG